UGUCACAACUGUGAAAAUGAGGACCGGCAACAACUGGUUUGAACUGGAUAUUGAUUUGUGGUUUGUCGUAGAUAUAUAGAGGUGACAGGUUUCUGUCUCAGAUAUUGAGGUGCCUGCCAACACAGAAGUAACUGACUGAAGUGACUGCAGACAUUAAAGGUGUACAGAGCCUACAAACACUCAUUCAAGUGUGUUUUGUAAAGAUCUGGCCAACCUGCCGUAGGAGCGAUGGAUGAACGGAGGAUUGUGCUUCUUGGGAAAACAGGUGAUGGUAAAAGCAGUGCUGGAAAUCUGAUCCUGGGUGAACAAGUAUUUGGUUCUAAAUGUUCACCCAACUCACAAACUCAAAAAUGCUACUUAAAUACAAAACCCAUUAAUGAGAAGUUAAUAACAGUCAUUGACACACCUGGGUUUUUUGACACUAGUCUCACUUCAGAGGAAUUAAACUCUGAAAUAUUACGAUGUGUUACUGAGUGUGCACCAGGCCCACAUGCAUUUGUGAUUGUGCUCAAAGUUGGAAGAUACACAAAGCACGAGAUCGAAACUGUGAAAAAAAUAACUGAAUCAUUUGGAGAGGAUGCCCUAAAAUAUGCAGUGGUGCUCUUCACCUUUGGUGAUCAACUCCCUGAGGGCCAGAUGAUUGAAGACUUUGUGAAGCAGAGUAGAGAGUUACAGGACCUUGUGAAUAAAUGUGGAGGUCGUGUUCAUGUCAUUGAUAAUAAAUACUGGAAUGAGCAACAGGAUGAGUACAGGAGCAACAGGGUUCAGGUGGAGAAGCUACUGAACACCAUAGAGGAGAUGGUGAGGGAGAAUAGAGGAGAGUGUUACACCAAUGAGAUGCUACAGCUAGUAGAUAAAGUUAUAGAUGCAGAGUGUAAGGCUUCAUGUGAGGAAGGUAAAGAGGUUCCAGAUAUUAAAAUAGUGAGAGAACAAGCAAAGCCGAGAGUUCAUAGCAACCUGUUAGCAAAGUUAGUGGGGACGGGAACAGGAGCAUUGACAGGUGCUUUCCUUGGCCUUGGGGCUGGAGUCUUAAUUUCAGCGAGCGUUCCAGCAUGCACAGCAGGUAUACUUGGAACAUCAAGUGCAGCUGGGGCAAUAGCAGGAGUGAUUAGUGGUAAUCAAGGAGCAGAUGGGGCAGAGACUGUGGAUGAGGCAAUGAAAAUGGCAUAUAAAGAAACAGUUGAAGGUGCAAUAGAAGUAAUAGAUAAAAUUAAAGAACUCUUAUCUUAAGUAUAAGAUCACCACAAUGAUCAGUAUAAAUUUAAACAGUAGAUCUUAUUUGAUUAGUGAAAUUUCAAAGACAAGAGAGCACAUGAAUGUGUGUAAAGAAUGAACAUACUGAAGCAGUUUACACAUAUAUGGUUUGUAUGUACACUUUUCGACUUUAUUGGUUGAUUUUGAACAAUAUUACAUUUACUUUAUCCAUUUAUCAUAAUGAACUGUCAAAUCUGUCAUUUUUAUACAGACUGCAGCCUGUUCAUUGUAUGAAAUCAACAGAAAUGUCCCAUAGAUGUAGGUUCUAUAGUAAAGAGAAUGUUCACUGUUCAGUUUAUGCUGAUUUAAUUUAGAUUUUUGGCUGCUGACUGCAUUUUAUUAUUAAUAUUAUUUUGAUUAAUUGAUGUCUGUACCUUUUUGUUUUUUGUUCAAGGGAAUUAAAAAUUUCACAUUCAUACUUGUUUGCUUGAUUAGCCAUACACUGGAUUUGUCAUUGAUGUGGAUUCUAUAUUAAAUGCAUUACUUUUUAUUACAAUUUGUCUCCAGAACCAUCCUGCCCAUUCCCAUUCCCCUGAUUAUGAGUUUCCUCUGCGUUUAGUUUAUCACGAUGCUUC